AUGACGGACUUCGAGGACGAGGAGGAGGACGAAGGAACGGACGCGAGUGAGGGGGAGGAGGAGGAGGAGAAAGAGGACGUGAGUGCGUCUAGCGCCGUAGAAACUCACUUACAGGCGACGAGCCUCGGGAAAGGAGGGACCACUGGCGAAGUUGCUGCAGCUGCUGCUACUCCCGAGGAGGAAGUGGCGCUCGCGGAGGAGGCGGUGGUGGAGGAGGAAGAGGCCGGCAGGCACGACGGCAGCCACUGGGCCACGGCGGACGUGGAGGAUGUAACCCCUCUUUGA